UUUAUCAAAAAUAAAUGACAGAGGAUAUUGUAAAUUUGUUUGUUACAAAAUAUGGGUCUGGAGAUACACAAAAGAAUUAAUUGCUAUAGUAAUCAAUAUAAAAGGUCUUACUAAAGGAAGGAGUAAAUUCUUAAGUCUUGACGAAAUUAAGAACGAAACUUGGUUAAUCUCAAUCGUAAUAACAAUUUUUUCCAACUUUGGGAAAUGGAGAAUCUGCAUUACCUUCUAAGACUCCAAUAGAUUCACAGAGAAAAACAUUUGAACCAUUCACAAAACGUGUUCAGCCAUUCUAAAGGACUUAUGUAUAAUCAUAUGAUUAAGUGUCUGAAACAUCUGAGAAAGCACCGAAAUCUGUUUAUUAUGUAGAUAGAUAAGAUGUAUAAUGUUUAAAUAAUUAAAGGAGGAUGAAUGGGCUGCUCUUAUGAAAUUUGAUGCGUAACUGUACUAGAAGGAAUAAGAGAGAAAGAAAGAAUUAAUAUAAUAAAAGAAAGCUUAAAUGAAGAAGGAAUUAGAUAUGCAGUUGAAAAUAAAAUAAGAUAGAAAAUAAAGGGAAAAGGAUUUAGAAGAAAAAUAUAAUCAUUUUCAAAGCGAAUUAUUGUAAAAGAAAAAUGAAUAAGAAUUAGAAAAAUAAGCAUCAGUAAAAAAUAAAUUAUGGUAAUUGUAAUCAGAAAGGGAUGUUUAAUUAAAUAAUAAAAAAAAGAAAUAACAUAGUGAAGAUAGAGAAUUACGUAAUUAUAAAAAGGAAAUAAGUUAAAGAUAUCAAGAGGAACUAUAGAAAUAAAUUGAUGAAGAAAAUAGAAUUAAAUUAAUGAAGAGAGAAUAUAUGUUUAAAGUUAUGAAAUAAUCAGAAACAGAUAAAAUGGUGAUUUUAUAAAAAUAGAAAGAAUAAGAGAAAUUAGAGUAGGCUAAUUGUGAGAAGUAAAGAAAUUAAAUUUAAUUAAAAUUAGAUAUGGAGAAUUACUUGAUUAAAUAGAAUAAAGAAGAAUGGAAGAAAAUAGAAAAAAGAAAGAAAAGGUUGAUAAAAAUAAUGCCUGGAGUGAAUCAUAAUUAUUAAGAUAUAAAUUAGAAAAAGAGGAUGAUGAUAAAUUGUAAUAUUGGAAAACAAUAGAAGAGUAGAAGUUUUUAGAGGAGGAGCAAAAAAAGAAAAAUAGAGUUAAUGAACUUAAAUAAAGGACAAUUUAAUCAUUGGAAUAAUCAAUAAAACUUAAAUAAAUAAAAAAAUUAUAAGAAAAAGAGUUGGAUAAUCUUUAAGGUAAAAUAUGGAAGUAAGAUACAGAAAGAUUCUUUUAAGAAGAAUAAGAUAAAUUAGAUUAAAUAAAAAAAGUUAAAAUAGAACACAAAAAAAUACUCUAAAAAUAAAUGCAAGAUAAAAUUAAACCUGAAAGGGGAGAAAAAAUGAGUAUUCCUGAACUAUUAUAGAAUAAAGCAAUUUUAAAAACUAUUAAAGAGAAAGAUAUUUAUGAUUUAGAAAAAACAGUUGUUUGA